AUGCAGCUCGCCUACACCUUCGUAGCUUCGUCCCUCGCCCUCUGCGCGGCUCUCGGCAGCGUUGCUGCUGCGCCUGCCGGAACUACCCCUGACACCAAACAACCUAUCACUCCUGCCGAUACAAAGGUAGCAGUGAAGGCCAAAAAGCACGGUGCUUUCCUCAUCCAAAAUGUCGUUGAUGCCUACCAACCGGUCACGGUGUGGCUAGACGUCCCGAAUGGGCACUACAACGCGGAAUGGUCCGAGGCGUGCGACAAGAUCACCGGCAAGUACCGCACUCAAGACAACUUUAAGGAUGAAGGCGGACCUCUUGGUAAAUGGGCUUCCGUAGCCUGCAUCGCGCGCACGCACAACAAGAUUACCAAGGAAGAGCUCUUCUACAACUAUACCCCUAUUCUCAUCGAAAGGAUGAUUCUCUUGGAGGGACACGUUAAGCCUGUGAAGAAGCCAGACGACAGCCAUUCUGACAAGCCCGGCAAGCCGCCUGCGAAGGAAGCUGUGAAGACCAGCCCCAACACGACCAAGCCAGUCAAGACUGAGCCCGUGACCAAAGAGCGGGUCAAAACCAACCCUGAGCCCGUCAAAGAGCCAGUCAAGACCAACCCUGAGCCCGUCAAGGAGCCAGUCAAGAAGGUCGAUGCUCCUCCUCGCAAGUAA